UUUGACGCACGUGCCCAGGAGAAUCGUGUAAUGAUGACUUUCGGAAACUGCUCCGUGGAUUUCUUCUUGCAGUUUUAUAACUUGCAGAAUUUGUCCGCGUUUUUUAAUUUCUCUUUUGUGGACGCGAUGUACGACAGUGGUGCGAGCUACGAGUCGGAAUCGCACAGACCGACCAUCAAAGCGCUGCUCAUCGUCGCCUAUUCCGUGAUUAUCAUCAUCUCGCUUUUCGGAAACGUGGUGGUUUGUCAUGUUGUUAUUAAGAAUAAACGGAUGCACUCAGUGACAAGUUUGUUCAUUAUGAAUUUGGCCAUUGCUGAUAUUCUUAUAACUCUCCUCAACACGCCUUUUACACUGGUUCGGUUUGUUUACAGUACAUGGGUGUUUGGGAAGGUGAUGUGCCAUGUGAGCCGCUUUGCACAGUAUUGUUCUGUCCAUGUCUCUGUACUUACGCUGGUUGCCAUCGCCAUUGAUCGACACCAGGUGGUGAUGUACCCUAUGAAACAGAGGAUGUCUCGGCUUCAGGGUGUAGGCUGGAUUGGUGUAAUCUGGGUGAUGGGGUCCUGCUUCUCUCUACCUCAUGCCAUCUACCAGAAACUGUUGCGCUUUGAAUUUGUCAAUAACAGGGUACGGAUGGUAUGUCUCCCCAGCUUCCCACAACCCUCAGAUCUCUUUUGGAAGUAUCUGGAUCUUGCCUCGUUUGUCCUCCUCUAUGUAUUGCCAUUAGCGAUAAUAUCCAUAGCGUACCUUGUUGUGGCCAAGAAGGUUUGGUUCCAGAAUGCGGUCGGGGAUCUCACUCAGGCCCAAUCGGCAGCCCAUCGCAGGAGGAAGAAGACGACCCUAAAGAUGCUGAUUGCAGUGGUGGCUGUUUUUGCAGUCUGCUGGUUUCCCCUAAACUGUUAUGUGGUGCUGCUGUCAAGUAAAGUGAUUCAGGCCAACAAUGCCCUGUACUUCACCUUCCACUGGCUGGCCAUGAGCUCUACCUGCUAUAACCCUUUCAUAUACUGCUGGCUCAAUCACAGCUUCCGUGCAGAACUCCGAGCCCUGCCUUUAAUUGGACGCAUAGCCAAAGGCAACACUAUCCAGCAAUCCUGAGGAAGCACUCUACAUACUUCAACAAUCUGUAUUCUGUUUUCUGUUUUUGAAUUCACAUCAAAUACAAAAGUACAGUAGCAGUUCAUCCUCCCUGAUGUGGUUUCUCUUUUUCAUCCUACCCUUGGCUCUCAUUUUGUCUUCUCCAUCAUAAUGCAAGUGAUAUCCAAACCAAUUAAGAGCACUGUGUUGCCAUGGAAAAGAUUACAUAAAAGCUGAAAGAAGCUGUUACAGUAAUUAGAAACUCUGUUCUAGUUAAUUAUUUAUUUUUUACCCCAAGAAAUAUGGUCUCACCUAAUUGCUUGGAUAUAAAGCCUUAAAGACCUAGGAUUUAAAAUAUAUCAAAUGAUACAUUUCCGGCAUUAAAUCCGUAAAAAUUGCCCAAUUGACUUCCAUUAUAAGUGACUCACUGUAACCUGGAUUUUGUUCUUUUUUAAAGAUAAUUAAUUUGUUUUUGCCUAACUGAACCCGGAAUAUUCCUUUUAUAUGGUGCACAAGUAAUUCGCAGGCAACACUGUAUUAAAUGAAUUAAUAUUGUUUCUAUCUAUUCAUGAAGUUUGGUGUAUUCUCCUAAGGCUUAUAAGAGGUUCUGACCUCUGCAUUAUGAACACACACACAUGCAGACCUCACUGUGGUAUGACAUGUUAAUAUCAGAAUUGCAGUUACAUGCAAUUAAAUUGAUCCAGACUGAACAUGCCCAAUUGAUAUUAAGCCCUAUUCUGGACAUUCCAGAGAGCAGCUUAUAAUAUUGAUAAUGGGGUGCCAAUUAUAGAGAUGGAAUGUAUUUUAUGUACAAAGCUAAAAUAUGUUUAUGCAAUAUUCAUUGCAGCAGCUCAUUGUUACGCUCCUGUCUGACUGCAGAUGUGAUCUUAAAAUAAAUUACAGCAAUGUGUUUUUUUUAUAAUUCUACCUGUUCUAGCUUAGACAAUUAAUAUCAUAGUAUGCGUUGAUGUGUCCAGGUCUCUUUGUUUGCACUUUGUAGAGGAACUCCAUAUUGUAUGUAUUAAUGGAACUUUUAUACUGUACAUUUCUCAUGCAGAGAGCAUAAAUAACUGCAAAUUAUCUGACUGUGUUAAUUGUUGCCAGUGUUUUUUUUUUGUGACAUGUAAUGGAAAGACUUAAAACUGGGCAAAAAUGGUUUCUGGUCAGCCAACAGGAAGACCAGUGAUUAUGCAAAGAAUAAAACAGCUUUGUUUAGCCCCCUCGGCUAUUUCUAGAAAUGG